GCGCACGCCUGUGCCGGCCACCGCCCCGCGAGCUCGCGGCCGCAUGGAACGGCUGCAGAAGCACCCACUGACCUCCCCUGGGAGCGUCAGCUCCUCCCGCGACUCCAGUGUGCCGGGCUCUCCCUCCAGCAUCGUGGCCAAGAUGGACAAUCAGGUGCUGGGCUACAAGGACCUGGCUGCCAUCCCCAAGGACAAGGCCAUCCUGGACAUCGAGCGGCCCGACCUCAUGAUCUACGAGCCCCACUUCACCUACUCCCUCCUGGAACACGUGGAGCUGCCCAGAAGCCGGGAGCGCUCGCUCUCACCCAAGUCCACAUCGCCACCCCCAUCCCCGGAGGUGUGGGCCGAGAGCCGGUCCCCAGGAAUCAUCUCGCAGGCCGCAACCCCGAGAGCCACUGGGACCCCGCGGACCAGCCUGCCCCACUUCCACCAUCCCGAGACCACCCGGCCAGACUCCAACAUCUACAAGAAGCCGCCCAUCUAUAAGCAGAGAGAGUCCGUGGGAGGCAGUCCUCAGAGCAAGCACCUCAUCGAAGACCUCAUCAUCGAGUCGUCCAAAUUCCCUGCGGCCCAGCCCCCCGACCCCAACCAGCCGGCCAAGAUCGAGACGGACUACUGGCCAUGCCCCCCGUCGCUGGCCGUCGUGGAGACGGAAUGGAGGAAGCGGAAGGCCUCCCGGAGGGGGGCCGAGGAGGAGGAGGAGGAGGAGGAUGACGACUCCGGGGAUGAGAUGAAGGCUCUCAGGGAGCGUCAGAAGGAGGAGCUCAGCAAGGUGACUUCCAACUUGGGGAAGAUGAUCCUGAAAGAAGAGAUGGAGAAGUCGCUGCCCAUCCGGAGGAAGACCCGCUCCCUGCCUGACCGGACGCCCCUACACGCCUCUUUGCACCCAGGGACAUCCAAGUCAUCUUCUCUCCCUGCCUACGGCAGGACCACCCUAAGCCGGCUCCAGUCCACGGACUUCAGCCCAUCGGAGAGUGAUUCCGGAAGCCCAGGCCUGCAGAACGGAGAGGGCCAGAGUGGGAGGAUGGACCGGGGGAACUCCCUGCCUUGUGUGCUGGAACAGAAGAUCUACCCCUACGAAAUGCUGGUGGUGACCAACAGGGGGCGCACCAAGUUGCCGCCAGGUGUGGAUCGGAUGCGGCUUGAGAGGCACCUGUCGGCCGAGGACUUCUCCAGGGUCUUCGCCAUGUCUCCCGAGGAGUUCGGCAAGCUGGCUCUCUGGAAGCGCAAUGAGCUGAAGAAGAAGGCCUCUCUCUUCUGACGCCCCGCGGCCCGCGGCUGACCCCUCCCUCGCCGCCGCAGGGCCCUGGGAACCCAACCAUGCUCUUCACCUGGAAGCUGCCAGCGCGGGGAGGUGGGGCCGAGGUGUGGCAGGCAGCUGGGCCCGCUGUGGUGCAGAGAGCAGUGGACACUGUUCCUUCAAUAGGGAGCUUGGGGCCCUGGGGGCCUCCUCCUCUUCUCCCUGGUCCUCAUUGCCCAGGCAAACCCCGCCCCCCACCCCGGGGCCAGACUAGCUGAGUUCAUGUUUGUGCCCCCUCCCUGCCUCCACCCCCCAAGCGAGGGUCCCCAGAGGAAGGCAGGAGCAACGGAGGGGACACUGGGCCAGGCCCGCCAGCUGCGUGCACAGGGAUGGGUAGGACGCGGCCAUCAGGGCGAGCUCUCGGCUCCUUGUGUGCCCGAGCAUGGCGCUCCCUGCCCCUGCCCACCUGCUCGCCUGUGCGCCCAGGGAGCAGGCUCAUGCUGGAGGCACCCGGCUCGUCCUGUACUCCACUUGCAACCCCCAAGCUUCCAAGCCUCUUGCUCCAGACCUGGCUUCCCCAGGAGCCUUGGCUUAGAGUGGAGACGCCACCUAUCCAAAGCCUCCCACAGCCGUUAGCACAGUCGAGCUAGGACCCCGCUUCCUGGCACCCAGCCUGGGGCCAACACGACUCUGGCCUGCUUGGAUGGGGUCCAGGGGCCAGGCCGGGCCUUUCUGGGCGUCCUGGCCAGCAGGACCCCGGCCCCAGCACCCACGCACCUCCCCCUCACUGCACUCUCUAAAGAAUGUCAUUAUUGGGGCACCCCUGGCUGCUUUCCUCACCUCACUCCCUGCCCUCCCUGCUCUCUGGCUUUUCUUCUCUCCCAAUCGUAUGUGUAUAUAAUUAUAUAUAUAUAUAUUUUCACCCAGGUCUGGGUUUGGUUCCUGCCCAGGCCCUGGCAUCCCUUUCCACUUGUGUGUGUGUGACAGUGCUGGCAGGGGACUCUGCUUCGAAUUAAAAGGUUGC